AUGACUGGCAGGGCUGACAUGAACUGCACCCAGGUGACAGACUUCAUUCUCUUGGGUCUCACAGAUCAGCAGGCAUUGAAGAUGCCUCUCUUCCUGGCCUUCUUAUCCAUCUAUAUCUUCACAGUCAUGGGCAACCUAGGUUUGAUCCUGGUCAUCAGAACAGAUGCCAGACUCAACACUCCCAUGUACUUCUUCCUGAGCAACCUGGCUUUUGUCGAUUUCUGUUACACUACGGUCAUCACUCCCAAAAUGCUGGGAAAUUUCCUGUACCGACAAAACACGGUCUCCUCCUAUGCCUGUGCCACUCAGUUGGGCUGCUUUCUCACUUGCAUGGUGUCAGAAUGCUUGCUCCUGGCCUCCAUGGCCUAUGACAGGUAUGUGGCCAUUUGCAGCCCUCUGCUCUACAUGGUUAGAAUGUCCCCUGGCCUCUGCAUUCAACUCGUCUCUCUGCCAUACAGCUACAGCUUCCUGAUGGCACUGUUCCACACCACCCUGACCUUCCGCCUCUGCUAUUGCCGCUCUAAUGUCAUCAAUCACUUCUACUGUGAUGACAUGCCUCUGCUCAAGCUUGCGUGCUCAGACACUCGCUCCAAACAGCUGUGGGUUUUAACCUGUGCUGGGUUCACAUUCAUUGCCUCUGUCCUAAUCGUCUUGGUCUCCUACAUGUUCAUUGUCUCUGCCAUCCUGAGGAUGCGCUCAGCUGAGGGAAGGCACAAAGCCUUCUCCACCUGCGGCUCCCACAUGCUGGCGGUGACCAUGUUCUACGGGACCCUCAUCUUCAUGUACCUGCAGCCCAGCUCUACCCAUUCCCUGGACACGGACAAGGCAGCCUCGGUCUUCUACACAGUGCUCAUCCCCAUGCUGAACCCCCUGAUCUACAGCCUCCGGAACAGGGAGGUCAAGGAGGCACUAAAGAAAGCUGUGGAUAGAGGAUAUGUUAUUUAUUUUUCUUGUAAGCACAUUUAA